AUGCAGCAACCAGGGCCGAUGUUUCCGGUUAUGCCCUCGUUCCCUCCGAACAACAUCACCACCGAGCAGAUUCAGAAGUACCUUGAUGAGAACAAGAAACUGAUAUUGGCAAUUUUGGACAACCAGAAUCUUGGAAAACUUGCCGAAUGUGCACAGUAUCAGGCUCAGCUUCAGAAGAAUCUGAUGUAUUUGGCAGCAAUAGCCGAUGCCCAGCCGCAAACACCAGCCAUGCCUACUCAGAUGACUCCACCUCAUCCUGCCAUGCAACAACCGGGAGGUUUCUACAUGCCACAUCACCCUCAGGCGAGCCCCAUGCAGCAUCCGGCCGGCGGGCUAUUUCCCCCGCGGGGCCCACCGUUCACCAGCCCACACCCGAUGCAGGAACAGGCCCAAGCGCAGAUAGGUGUAGCGAACAUGGGCCAGUUGGCGGGAGGAGGCCCGUCGAACUCGGGCCUCGACGACAUGCUUCUCGGAGGAGGCAGCAAGCAAGAUAAUAAUAAAGCUGCCGCCAGCUCAGACGCCGCUCGGGGGAACUCUCCUGCUGCUGCUGCUGGGAACGGAGAGGAAGCCAAGUGA